AUCUACGGUCUAUACUCUGCACAGGUGGGGGCUCGUCUCAUCUCCCAUGCAGGCAGCUUGACCAACCUGGCCAAGUACCCAGCCUCGACGGUUCAGAUCCUGGGGGCAGAGAAGGCCCUCUUCAGGGCCCUGAAGACCCGGGGAAACACCCCCAAGUACGGCCUGAUAUUUCACUCCACCUUCAUUGGGCGAGCAGCGGCCAAGAACAAGGGGCGCAUCUCUCGCUACCUGGCCAACAAGUGCACCAUCGCCUCUCGCAUCGACUGCUUCUCAGAAGUGCCAACCUCUGUCUUUGGGGACAAGCUGCGGGAACAGGUGGAGGAGCGCCUGGCCUUCUAUGAAACCGGGGAGGUUCCUCGCAAGAACCUGGAGGUCAUGAAGGAGGCUGUGGAGGAGGCUUCGGAAGUAGCAGCUGCAAUCAAAAGGAAGCUGGAGAAAAAGCAAAAGAAGAAGCUGAGGCAGGAGAAGAAGCGCCUGGAGGCUUUGGCAGCGGCUGCAGAAGCAGCAGAGACGCAGAACUCC